AUGUCCGCCCGCCUAACCCCCCUCUUCAUCCUCCUCGGCGUCCUCCUCAUCCUCGCCGGCAUCGGCUACGUCGCCUACUCCAUCGUCCAGGACGUAUCGCGGCACACGCGCUCCAAGAUGGAAGGCAAGAACGUCAUGUUCACACGCGAGGGCAUGAAGGUCGGGGUGCGCGAGGUCCAAGAUGAGGAGUACUUGGAUCGGAGUCAGAGUGUCCUGGUCAACAUGUGGAAUCAUACCUCUUUCCCUGCGUAUAAGAGUCGGUUUUGGGAUAUGACUAAGCCCACGGUUUGGGGGCAAGACGAUAAAAAGAAG